UGUCCUCCCUCUCUCCCCACAGGAAGGGGAGAAUCCCUCUUCUCUCCAGCAGAAGGAACAAAACCACAGCUGUGAGAGCCCAUCUCACUAUGUAGGUUCCUCCCUUUUCCCAAGCAGUAGGUGCUCAUUCUAUGCGGGUUAUCUCAAAUGGAGGAGACUGAACAGUCGGAUAAGGAGGUCCUGGCUGCUGAGGAAGGCUCAAGGGAACUCUGCCUUGCUCUAGAAGAAAGGCUGGGCCGGGCUGGGGAGGAAAGGGGCCCUGAUGGAGAAGGGGUGAACGGACAACUGAAUCCAUGCAGUCGCUUCCGUGGCUGGUAUUCCGUGUAUUGAACUUGCUCGAAAGACAUACUAGAGUUCUGUUUUGUUUGAGAUAGGGUCUCACGAUGAAGCCCUGGACUGUCCUAAAACUCACUUUAUAGGCUAGACUGGCUUUUAACUCACAGAGAUCCACCUGCCUCUGCCUCCCAAGGCUGGGGAUCAGAGACCUGCGCCACCAUGCUGGGAACCUAAAAAAAGUAUCUGACAUAUCAUAUUCUUUAAGCUUCGGUCUAUAAACAAUAUGACAAAUUAAUACUAGAAGGAAGUCACCUUCACGGAGAGCUCCCAAGGGGGAGGGCCUCCAGGCUUUGGUUCAUCUCCUACCUCUCUGUCGUGCAGGCUCCCUGGAGGCAAUCCUAGUAUACACAGGACAGCUCAGGGUUAUGGGACCAGCAUUUGGCUUCAGGGAUUCAAACUUUAGCCAUGUGUAAUGAAGUUUGGACCCAGAGAUGCCCCUCUGUGAGAACCCAUGAAGAGAGAGGGGCUUGCCCACAGUCCCCAUCAGCCAUUCAGACCUGCAGCCACGUGGCUGCAAGCCCCCAAACCCAGAACCUUUUAAAGCCUUGUGGCCAAGGAGCUGAGAGGUGGCUCAGCUGUUGAGAGCACUUGCUCUCACGGGGGACUCUAGCUCAUUCCCAGCACCCACAUGGACGGCUAACAACUUCUUCAGGUCCGGGGGAUCUGACAGCCUCUUCUGACCUCCACGGGCACUACACAUGUACACAGGGAGACACACAUACACAUUUAAAAACUUGAAUCUUUAAAGCCACGUGGCAUCAGAGUUCAGGUGUCAUGGGUGGCCUCUGCAGAUUGAAAAGUCAUACAGGGCUCUGAGUUGCAUGGGCCACGAUCACUGACUGAUUUCAGAUCCUGGACCGUCUUGAAAAUGAGACUAGCAAAAGUAUUCACUUUUUUUUUAAAAAAAAAAGGUUUAUUUAUUUAUUAUGUAUACAAUAUUCUGCCUGCUUGUAUGCCUGCAGGCCAGAAGAGGGCACCAGAUCUCAUUAGAGAUGGUUUUAAUCCACCAUGUGGUUGCUGAGAACUGAACUCAGGACCUCUGGAAGAGCAGCCAGUGUGCUCUUAACCUCUGAGCCAUCUCUCCAGCCCCAAGUAUUUAUUUCUUAAGGAUAUUUGGGACAUUGUGCUUUUGUCUAGGCUUCCACUUGGGUCUUCUUGAAUUGUAGGCAAUGCUGAGCCAUGCCCCAGCCUUUGAUUACCUGUGGUCCUCCUUCCUUACCCUCCCAAGAACUUGAAUGACUGGAUUGUGCCACCAGACCCAGCUCCGGUGGCACAGAAUAGCUCUCAACACAGGCAAUAAUGUUUCAUGUUGGCUGCAUCUAUAUAGAGCCAGGAUCCUGUCUCCGGUCCAGGAGCCCCAUGCAGGCUUCUCCCCCAUUAAACACGGGGAUAGCACCCUGAGAGCCUUUCCAGUUUCUGCACUCCCCUUCCGUGUCUCCCCUCAGGACCCACCCGAGGACAUGAAGCAAGACCGAGAUAUCCAGGCAGUGGCCACCUCUCUGUUGCCCCUGACAGAAGCCAAUCUUCGAAUGUUCCAAAGAGCCCAAGACGACCUCAUCCCUGCUGUGGACCGACAGUUUGCCUGCUCCUCCUGUGACCAUGUGUGGUGGCGCCGUGUGCCCCAGAGGAAGGAGGUGUCAAGGUGUCGCAAGUGUCGGAAACGUUACGACCCAGUGCCGGCCGAUAAGAUGUGGGGCCUGGCCGAGUUCCACUGCCCAAAGUGUCGACACAACUUCCGGGGCUGGGCACAGAUGGGGUCCCCAUCACCCUGCUACGGGUGCGGCUUCCCUGUGUAUCCCACUCGGAUCCUGCCCCCACGCUGGGACCGUGACCUGGAUCGGCGCAGCACACACACCCACUCCUGCUCAGCUGCAGAUUGCUACAAUCGGAGAGAGCCCCAUGUGCCUGGGACUUCCUGUGCCCACCCCAAAAGCCGUAAGCAGAACCACCUCCCCAGAGUGCUGCACCCCAGCAACCCCCACAUCAGCAGCGGCUCCACGGUGGCCACGUGCCUGAGCCAAGGCGGCCUCCAGGAUGACCUGGACCAUCUCAUCCUGGAAGACCUGAAGGAGGAAGAGGAGGACGAGGAGGACGGUGGGCCCCGAGAGUGACCCUGACCAGACGCACACAGGAACGGCAGACACGUGCUGCCAGUUGGUGAAGAAAUUGACUGAGCCAUCUUGCCGCCGCUGGAUGACGGUCCAGCCUCCACCUUCCCGCUGCUGCUCACACCACACAGAUACCAGGCGCCGGCCCAGCCGCAGCUCAUACACCCCGCUCUGCCUGUGACCUGCCCCAUGAGCCUCUGCGCAGUCCCGCCAUGGACCUGUGACAAGGUACAGCCUGAGCCAACCAGGCCCUUGCUGGAUCAGGGCCCUGACUCCCACCAGUUCCCUUACCCAGAUAAAAGCCAUCUUCUGUCUCCCUCUGAGGAAGAGCCAUUUCCUUACCGUUUCUUCUCUCAAAAAUCAUGGUCUUAUGAGCCAACUUCUCACCAAAGCAGAGUCCUAACCUCGCAUGCCCUCAUAGAAUAAGUACCCAUGCUUAUUUUCUCCUCUUCCAAUUUCUCACUAUAUUAAGAGGACUGGUUGGGGAUGGAGAAAUGGCUCAGUGGUCAAGAGCACUGGCUGCUCUUCCAGAGAACCCAGGUUCAAUUCCCAGCACCCACAUGGCAGCUCACAACUGUCUGUGACUCCGAGAUCUGACACCU